AUGCCCAUUGCCCAGGUCCACCUCGGCACCCGCACCCCAACAACACUAGCGAUUACCUUCGCCCCCAACAUAACAGCACAUAUCCGCUACGCAGCGGACGCGAGGGGCCGGUUCCUCCCCACAGUGCGGGACACGCACGGCAACCUCGCCCUCGCGCUCAGCGGAGCCGUGCGCUCCACAAGCGCCCUCAAGGCGCGCCUGCUCGCCAAUGCUCUGCAACACUCUUACGCCAUAACGCAGCUCGCUGCCCUCGAAUCCGCGCUGCGCGCCUUACAGGCGCCGGCCAGCGCCCUCGCCAGCCUCGACGUGUGGGUCGUGAGCUCGUGGGCUGCGCGCGCGCGCGGCGAGGGCGGGUGGAGCGACGCGGGAUUGGGCGGGUGGGACCGGCUUGACGAGCGCGCGCGCGAGGUGAUGUUGCGUACGGCUGUGCGCGACGGGUACGCUGUGCUCGUGGCGUACUUGCUCCGCAUUGCCCUACGGGAGGGCUCCGCGAUCGAGCUCGCGGCGUGUGCUGGUGCCGAGGUGGGGAGUGCGCUGGACCACCUCGCGCGGAUUGGGUGGGCGGCCGUGCGUAGUGUGCGCGAGGACGCGGUGAGCCUCCUGGGUCAGACUAGAUAA